CAGAGGGAGAUAAAACUAGAUACAAUAAGAUUAUGCAAACUUCGAAAACAGAAAACAGGUAUUUUGUAAGAAUUAUGAUAGUUGGAAAAGAAUCGGCUGGGAAAACAUGCCUCUUGAGAAGAUUAUUAAAGGAAGACAUAUCUGAUGUUUCUAGUACAGAUGGUGUUGAUAUUGAUGUUCGUAGAUGCAAAAUCAACAUUAAAGAUGGAAAAUGGAUAAUCGGCAAAGAAAUUGAUGAUGAUAAAGUGAGCCGGAUUAAGAGAGCACUUAUUCCAAAUGCAGAGUACAGAGACACUCAAAAUAUGCAGGAAGUUGAGACAAAUAAUAUAAAUAUAAGUCAACGUGAUGAGAUGUCUUCUUAUAAAAAAGACACCACAACAGACGCAAUUGUUAGUCUGGAUAAAAGUGAAGAUAAAAUUGAGUCAUCAUUGGUAAUGCCUGAGAAUGUCACAACCGACGCAAAGUUUAAUUUUUAUAAAAAAGAAGAUACGCACGAGGCUUCAUCAUUGGUAAUGCCUGUGGAUUUCAGUACCGACGCAAAGAUUAAUCUGGAUAACAAUAAAGAAAAGAAUGAGAUUUCAUCAUUGGUUAUGCCUGAGGAUUUGAUGUCUAAUGUGUUUUCUAAGUCAACUGUAAAUACUCCUUUGAACCUUUAUGCAUUAUGUGAAUUAUGGGACUUUGCAGGACAAAAAGAAUUUUAUGCUACACAUCAAGCAUUUUUAACUAGUAGUGCAGUAUACCUUGUUGUUGCAGAUAUGAAGGACGAAAUAAGUAAACAAGGCUUAAGUCAGUGUUCUGCAGAUUUUCAGCAUAUUGGAGGCAGAUUUUAAGAAGAGAGAAAAGGAAAUUAAUGAUCAAAUGGACACAGUUUUUGGACUUAAAAGCAAAUAUCAUCACUUGCACAACACAUUUUAUCUGUCAAAUACGAAAGAUAUUGACGAAGAAUUUGAAAAAUUGCAAAACGCAGUUUACGAAACAGCACGGAAAAUGGAUAAUUGGGGUAAUGCAUUUCCGUUAAAAUGGAUUCUUUUAGAGCAUUUGAUUGAGAUCAAUAAGAACGAUGGAAAAAAUUUCAUAAAUUUUAAGGACAUGUCCAAACUGGCUAAACAUCCUGAUAUCAACAUGCUAACAGAGGAGGAUUUGUUGCUGUUUCUUCGAUUUCAGCAUAAUGUAGGGAACAUUAUCUUUUUUGAAAAUAUACAGGACUUGAUCAUAUUAAA